AUUCUUUCUUUCGACCCCCUCGAGAAAAGCAGUAACAGCAGAAGCAGCGGAUUCAAAACAUCUAAGCUAUACAGUUGAAGUGAUAAACAGUAUUAAAGCUCCAAAAUGAAGCUCCCCCUGGGGCUAUUUAUGAUCUGUCUGGGCCUGAGCCUUGCCAAGGCGGAGACAAAUCUGCCUCCAGUGUUUACGCAGACCUUAAACAACAUUAUCCUCUACGAGAAUGUCACAGUGGGUACAGUUGUUUUCCGGCUGGAAGCCUACGAUCCCGAGGGAAGUCCCGUGACCUACGGAGCCAUUGGUGCGGAUCACUUUAGUGUGGAUCCAGUUUCUGGAAAUAUAACCCUGAUCAAACCACUGGACAGAGAGGAGAAGGAUACCCUGAAUUUCCUGGUGUCGAUCAGGGAUCGCGUAGAUCCUGAAGGAGAAUCAGAACGGGAUAAUGUCGUUCAAGUGCCGAUCACUUUUAUUAUUCUCGAUCUUAACGACAAUCCGCCAGAGUUUCAGAACCUUCCCUAUGAGGCCGAUGUAAACGAGGAUGCUAAGGUGGGAACAACCAUUUUCGACAAAAUUCUUGUAAAGGAUCGGGAUAUAGCUGGAGACAGUCUCGACUUGAAGUGCUUGCCUCAGCAACAAAGUCCUGAGGCCUGCAGCAAAUUCCGCUUGCAUGUGACCAAGCGAGACGCCACCAUUCUGGAAGCAUCAGUGGUCCUCAAUGACACCCUGAAUUACAACCAACGGAUGGUGUACCACUUCCAAAUCGAAGCCACCGAUGGACCGCACAAAACCCAGACAACCUUUGAGGCCAGGGUGAAGGAUGUCCAGGAUAAGCCACCUGUGUUCCAAGGCUCCCUUUCCACGGUGAUCGAUGAGGAUAGUCCCAUUAACACAUUAGUUCUUACGGUUCAUGCUCGAGAUGGUGAUACGGGUGAACCGAGAAAGAUAGUCUACGAUUUAAGGACAAAUCCCAAUGACUACUUCCUGUUGGAUGCUCAGUCCGGUGAGCUGCGUACCGCUAAACCACUGGAUCGGGAAGCUCUGGAGGACUCCACCGGCAUUAUCUCGCUGGUGAUUCGCGCUCGUGAGCUGGUGAAUGGAGUGCCCAGCGAUGAUCCACUGACAAGUGCAACUGCCAAGGCAACGGUGACCAUUAGGGAUGUUAACGACUCUCCGCCGGUGUUCAAUCGCAAGGAGUACUCCGUGUCCCUGCUGGAGAACACGCCCCCCGGCACGCCCCUCGCCUUGGACAUGAGCGUCAGCGAUGCUGAUGUGGGUAUUAACUCGAAGUUUUCGCUGCGCUUAGACGACGUAUCCGGGGUUUUCGAUGUGGAGCCCAAAGUGGUCACCGGCUACUCGCAGGUGAACAUUCGCGUGGCGAACGGCUCGCUGGACUACGAGAAUCCCAACCAGCGGAAGUUUAUCGUACUGGUGGUGGCCGAGGAGACGGACACCAAUCCUAAGCUCUCGUCAACGGCAACGAUUACGGUCAGUGUGCUGGAUGCGAACGACAAUAAGCCGCUUUUUGAGCAGGAGAGCUACUCGUCAUCCGUUUCGGAGGCGGCGCUUCCGGGUCAGUACAUUGCCACCAUUACGGCCCGGGAUGUGGACUCCGGCAGUUAUGGCGACCUGGGCAUUCGCUACAGCCUGUCCGGAAGUGGAGCUGAACUUUUCCAUGUCAACGAGCAGACAGGUGUUAUUAGCCUGGCCGAUUGCCAUGCCGAAGGCGAGAGUCACAGGCGCGAGCGACGUGAUCUGCACGAGGAUGAGAAUGCCGGCGACGAUGGUGAGGGUCGCCUGGAAAUGCUCUCGAUGGAGGCGGCGCCCAGAGAGAUUGGCACAGAGCCGACCGUCCAGUACACGUUAAUCACCCAGGCGCCAGAGGAGCAAGCCUUGUCUUCGGUUUCGGUUCCAGUUUCAGUUCCAGUUUCAGCUGCAUCCCCAUCUCCAGCUGGAGGAGCUCCCGCACCGACUGCUAAUGACGACAAGGCACCGCAGACGUGUCUGGACUACGAAUCGGAGGACACGUACUUCUUGUCAUACAAGGCUACCGAUGAUAAUGGUCGGGGUUCGGCUUCUGUGGUUUCCCUCCGGAUUUCCGUAACCGAUGCCAAUGACUCGCCGCCCGUUUGCGAGAGUCCACUGUACAGGGCGAGCGUGGAUGAGGGUGCAGUCGUAUUCGAUUCCCCGCUGAUUGUAAAGGCAAGGGAUGCGGACACCAUGUCAAGGAUAAGCUACAGAAUUCGGGGAUCCGAGCAGGUUGAGGGUAUCUUCGACAUUGAUCGUGAGACCGGGCAGAUCACCAUCAGACCGAAUGCCACUCUGGAUGUGACCAACUUGAACAGCGAUCAGCUGAUCUUUGUGGUGGAAGCCAACGACGGACUCUUCACCGCCCAUUGCGGUGUGAACAUCACAGUGCGGGAUGUCAACAACCAUGUGCCCAAGUUCGAGCAGCAGAGCUAUAGAGCGGAUGUCGAGGAGAACUCCGAGAUUGGAACGAGUGUGGAGCGAGUGCAUGCCACCGAUUUGGACACGGGAAUGAACGCCGAACUUCGCUAUCGCAUCCAGCAGGGAAGCUUCAACGACUUUGGGAUUGAUGAGCGCACCGGAGAGGUGUUUGUUUCCCGGAAACUGGACUUCGAUAGAAGGAACACCUACCAGCUGCAGGUUCAGGCCUCCGAUUUGGGAACUCCCAGUUUGACGGGAACCGCAACUCUUACGAUAAAUGUACAGAACAGUAAUGACAAAGAUCCCUAUUUUGUGCCGGCCACUCAGCAUGCUGAGGUGCGAGCGGAUGCUCCUCCUGGCCAGCUGGUGUAUACUUUAAUCGCCCUCGAUCCGGAUGUUGCCAGUCAUAAUGCCUUGGAGUUCGCCGCCACCGAUGACAUUACCGCAAUUGAUAAGGAGGGCAAGGAACUUCCCCACUAUGAUCAGUUCAAGGAGUACUUUGCCAUCGCCAGAAACGGAAAGGUUUCGGUUAACAAGCAGUUGGAUCGCAAUCUGUUUGCGGUGAUGAGGAUUAAUGUUCUGGUCACGGACAGCACAGCUCCCAAUGUCCAGCAGGGUCGCGGAUUGCUGAUUAUACAAAUCAUUGAUGUCAACAAGAUUCCACCGCGCUUCAAUGCACCAUGGAGUGUUGAACAGCCGCAGAUCAAGCUGCAAAUGGUAGAGGAGCAACCAGUGGGCACCGUACUGACCACUCUGCAGGCCACCGAUGAAGAUUCCAGCAUUGGCGAAUUCAACAUCAGUGACAAUGACUAUUUUGCCAUUAAUCAGACCAGCGGAGUGAUCUACACCAUUGCGCGAUUGGAUUACGAGGCAGUCAAGGAGGUUAAAUUCCAGGCAACCGUCAGUGAUACGGGUGUUCCCGCCUUGACAGCCACUGCUGAAGUGAUUGUGGAUAUCAUAAACCUUAACGACAAUGAUCCAAAGUUCUCUCAAUCCGAUUACUAUUUCAACCUGACGGAGAACUCUCCGCGGGGAACUGUGGCAGGAAAGGUUGAAGCACGGGAUGGAGAUGUAGGAGUUUUUGGCGAGAUCACUUAUACUUUGAUUGGGGAGAAUAAUAAGCACUUCAGCAUCGAUGCCUACACGGGCAACGUGAUGGUGGCAAAUGCCUCUAUACUCGAUAGGGAGCAGAUCAAGGAGCUAACACUUUCCGUUGUGGCUGAGGACAAGGCUCCUGCUACUGUCCAGAAAUCAGCGACGGCAACGAUCCACAUAAACAUUCUGGAUGUCAAUGAUAAUGCUCCCGUUUUCACACGAGAUGUCUACAACUCCACGGUAGCGGAAAAUGCCGCUUAUCAACCUCCGGCUGCCUUGCUCCAAGUGCAAGCCAUCGAUCAGGAUGAAGGUCUUUAUGGGGAUGUUCGCUACAUCAUCACGGCUGGCAACGAAAUGGCGCUCUUUAAACUCGAUGCUCAGUCGGGCAUUGUGUAUCCUGCACAAAGUUUGACCGGAAAACAUGGCGUGUACGAGUUGACGAUAUCAGCACGCGAUACCCAGGGAUCUGGAACCAUGGAGAGCACAGCCAAAGCGAUCAUUACUGUUUUGAGGGUUAAUCGUCACAAGCCGGAGUUCGUUAUACCCGCUCUAUCCAAUGCGACUAUUGAGAUACCCGGCGAUAUUGUCCAGCCGGACUAUCUUCUGCUCACCGUUAAGGCAAUGGAUAAUGAUACGGAGGAGAACGGGAAGAUCAGCUACCACCUGCAGGUGAACAACCGAAACGAGCAGCAAACCGGGGAAUUCAAGAUCGAUGAAGUGACAGGAGAAUUGCGAGCCAGGACUCAGUUGAACCGCAAGAACCGAGCAAACUACGACAUUAUUCUGGUGGCCCGGGAUGCGGGUAAUCCACCAUUUGAGUCGCUACGUCUGCUCAGCGUCAGUAUUGUGGAUGCCAACGAAAAUCGUCCAGAGUUUCCCGAUGCCUCCAAUCCUUACAAGGUGUCAAUCAACGAGAAUAGUGGUCGGGAUGUGAAAAUCGGUCAUAUUCAAGCUGCCUCGAGGAGCAAACACAAUCGGGAUAUAUUCUACUACAUGCUGUUGGGCAAUGAGGAUGGAGCCUUCUAUGUGGACAAACUGACGGGCGACAUUUACACAAACAAGAGCCUUGAUCGUGAAGAAACAGAUGUGUAUACUUUAUACAUCUUGGCCAGCAUCAAGGCAGAUCUGCACAUCUCUGAAGAGGAACGUGCUUCGUUCUCAAUAAAGACCUUGAAUCGGGAUAACACAGUUGCAAAGGUGGCCAUCACCGUGCUGGAUGUAAACGAUAAUCCUCCUGUUUUUGAGAAGCCUGUCUACUAUGCCGGCGUAAAUGCCAAUGCCAAGAUGGGUGCAGCUAUCACGCUGGUGAAUGCCACCGAUGCGGAUCAAGGCAAAAACGCAAAGAUCGAGUUUAUGAUCGUCGCCUCCAAUCUAUAUAAGUUUGGUGCCACCAAAGCCACCGGAUCGAUUGUUCCCAGUCCAUUUGCUAUCUCGCAGGAUGGCCGAAUCACCGCCAACACAAUCAUGGCCGAAUACAACCAGGAUCGUUUUGAACUGGAGAUUGUUGCCCGAGAAUUGGAACAGCCACAGCGAUCUGCCAGUACCAAAGUUAAUAUUUGGGUCUUUGAUGGAACUCAGCUUGUGCGUGUAAUCCUUUCCCGUCCGCCGGAGGAGGUUUACCAGGAGCAGGAGGAGAUCAUCGCCGAGUUACGCAAUGCCACCCAGCACCGCAUUAUUGUGGAUGAGAUUCGGUUCCAUUUGGACUCCAUUGGUCGCAUCCGCAUGGACUGGUGUGACCUGUACUUCCAUGCCGUGGAUCCUCAAACCCAACAGAUUGCUCCCGUUGACGAGAUACUCAAGGACAUUGACAGGAACUACGAUUAUCUAAAGGAUUACUAUGCUGGCUUUGCCAUUGAAAACGUUGUGCCCGCCUACAUAGCCAUUGUCCAAGAUGAAUUUGAUUUAGCUGUGGCUGGACUGGUGGCCCUGGUGAUUGUGCUUUUCGUGGGCGUUAUCAGUUUUAUUGUGUUGUGCUGCUGUCUGAAGCACUGGAAUCUAUCGGUUCCUGUGGAGACGCGUCGCAAAGAGGCCCUAAUCAAGAAACAAAUAAUCGAAGACCUGAACACUACAGAAAAUCCACUGUGGAUAGAACAAAAACUGAAACUGUAUGAGGAGCAAGAGCUGACAAUGCAGGUUUUCUCGGAGCCCGAUCAUAUUUCCAACUCUGAGGCGCCAGGCCACCUUGACCAUCGCAGCUCACUGGAGCAAGUCCAUCACGUGGGACAGACGGUGGAUAACACCUAUGCGACCAUCCAACCGCGUAAUAAUCAGAAUCGUUUUACUGGAGGCGGUGGUGCCGGUGGAGGUGGAUCUGUGCGCAGCGGUGGUGGCGCCAGUGCGGGAGGAGUAGGUGGUGCUGGCCUUCUGCUGGCACGCGUGGAUCCGCACAUGACUGAGUUUGCGGACUAUGCCACGCUAAGAAACAAUAGGGCGCCAUCGCUGUACGAGUUCACAGGAUCCACUUUCCAGGCACCCAUUCGGGACGGAGACGAUGCCGUGGCCGAGCUAAUUUAAGCUACAAUGGGAUCUGCUGCCCAACAAGAUGUGUAAAUUAUGUAGUAGCUGUGUAUCUGUGUAGUAGACAAGCCCUUGCCGUGGUUUAGUUAAACCGAAUCCGUUCUGUUGCAUCUUUGAGUUCGCCGUUGCGUUCAUACCAACAAUAUUUAAAACACGUACAUAGCACAUACAAAUACCUAUAGCGAGAGCGUAUAUACAUAGCGUAGUUGGAUCUGGUAAGCCAGCGUUUAUCUAGAACUCAAGUAAACAGGAUAGAGAGCCAGGAGCAAAGACAGAACUACAAGAACCCAUAGAGGAAAUUCUCCCGCAUAAAUAAUGACAAUAAUAUAUAUGUACUAUUAUAUAUUGACAAUGUCUAGCCGUAAUGAAACGAUAUGAAUAUGUAAGAGUUACUAAUGUACAUCUACAUCUGCAUCUACACAAUUCAAUCCUCUCGAAUACUUCCGCGAUAUUAGUUUUAAUGGCGAUCAAAUGCGUCUACAGCCUAAGUUGUACCACUAAAAAGACUAAAUUAUUUGCUCUUCCAAUUCCGUUCUACGUUUAGUUGUGUCGCUAACAAUUAGUUCUUUAGACCCUAGUUUAAUUAGCCAAACUUGCUCAUACUCAUAAGUACGUAUUUUAAGUUGGAGAGAAUUGGAAAUGUGCAACGAACUAAGUUACUUUUGACCGCUGUUCGAUUCCUCACGGACAGAGCCAGAAACUCAUUUAUGUUUGCAUUUACAUUAAACAUAUUAUACAAAUAAGUAA